AGGAGUGAGCCAGCAGAGGAGCAGACUGGAGCCUGUGGAUCAGACAGGUCUGGAGCUUUUUUCACUUUGACUGAUGGAGUAGCUGCUGUUUGAGAUGACCGGACGAUCUCUGCAGGAAGUAAAAGCAGCGAGUUUGGGAAGUUUUCUCUUUCCAAAGAGCUAGAAAGUUACUUUGAAAGUUUGAUCCAGGACAGACAAAUAUUGGAGGAUUUACACCUCAGUGAAGAGUUGGCUCACUAACUUAAGUCCAACUUAUUGGAUAAAAGCUUAAAGAAUCCAGGAUGCAGACUCGCAUUUUCUACUUGGGGAUACUCCUCUUGCUUGGUCACAUCCUUGGAGUCAUGGGCCAACCUGAGCCAGUGCAACAAGCUCCACAGGACCCUCCAAGUAUCACCCAGAGACUCGGACUUGUAGAGAGGGACGUUCAGGGUCCGGUGAGGCCCAACAUCACAAUGCCCCGACGCCGUCUUCCUCCGAUGUGCACUGGACCCACAGAAAUCAGAGACACCUUCAAGUACAUCAACACGGUGGUGUCCUGCCUGGUGUUUGUGGUCGGUAUAAUCGGUAAUUCAACUCUGCUGAGGAUCAUUUACAAGAAUAAAUGUAUGAGGAACGGACCGAAUAUCCUGAUUGGAAGCCUGGCACUCGGAGACCUGCUGCACAUCAUCAUUGGCAUCCCCAUUAAUGUUUACAAGCUCCUUGCAGAGGACUGGCCCUUCGGGGUGGCGCUGUGCAAGCUGGUGCCGUUUGUCCAGAAGGCCUCGGUGGGGAUCACAGUGCUGAGUCUGUGUGCUUUGAGCAUCGACAGGUAUCGUGCUGUGGCCUCAUGGAGCCGUAUUAAAGGGAUCGGUGUACCAAAGUGGAUGGCUAUCGAAAUAGCUCUCAUCUGGAUAUUAUCCAUCAUCUUGGCUAUUCCAGAGGCGAUAGCCUUUGACAUGAUCACCAUGGACUACAAAGGAGAACACCUGAGGAUUUGUUUACUGCAUCCUAUGCAGAAAACAAGCUUCAUGAGGUUUUACAAAUCAGCGAAGGACUGGUGGCUGUUCAGUGUGUAUUUUUGCCUGCCGUUGGCCUGCACUGCCAUCUUCUACACCCUGAUGACCUGUGAGAUGCUGAGGAAGAAGAACGGCGUCCAGAUUGCUCUCAGUGAUCACCUCAAACAGAGGAGGGAGGUGGCUAAAACAGUCUUCUGCCUGGUUCUGGUCUUUGCUCUUUGCUGGCUGCCGCUUCACCUCAGUCGUAUCCUGAAGCUCACUAUCUAUGAUGAGAAAGAUCCAAACCGCUGCGAACUUCUCAGUUUCUUUCUGGUGUUGGACUACAUCGGCAUCAACAUGGCAUCUGUCAACUCCUGCAUUAACCCAAUUGCCCUGUACAUGGUCAGCAAACGCUUCAAGAGCUGCUUCAGGUCCUGCCUCUGCUGUUGGUGCCUUCCAGCAGAGAUGCUAAUGGAUGACAAGCAAAUGUGCACAAAGAUGAAAGUCACCGAGCGAGCCUCCGACCAGAGCAACUCCCGCAUGACCAACAAGUCGACCACUGCCUGAAGAGAGGCCUCACAGUUAGAUGACAAAACAGAAUACUGAAGUAUGGACGACUGAGUGGUGAUCUGAGUCCACUUUUGCUUUAUCUAGAACAUCAGAUGAAGACUUUUUCCAAUUUUAAGAGCCGCGUAACGAGACACAACUUCUUUAAUAGAACUCUGACGAAUACCAUUUUGGACAACAGCAUGCUUUUCCUGUGUUAGAAGAAAUUUUUAUGACUGCACCAAAGAAGAUGUACUUUUUGUAUAGCAAAUGUGAGAUGUAUGAAGCAGGACAACUUUGUGUAUUUAACACCAAAUAUCAAAAACCGCACAGAUGUGGAGUUAAGCAGUGAUGAGUACAAUGGGGGCAAAUGUAGAUUAUCAAAGAUUGUCUUUCUGGCUUACAGCCUUGAUAGUGAAUGUUAUUUUUUUAUAAGUUAAAUUUCAGCAUUACAUGGACUAGCUUCAGCUGAAAGCUACCACACUCUACAGACGCAAUGCUUUUUUUUCUUUCUUUCUUUCUUUUUUUUUUUUUUUUACUUAUUAGAGGUGUUUUGAUGUCAAAUCUUUAAGCUACGUUUUUGUAUAGUCCUAUACACAUCCAAUACUUGAGCAUUUUAUUAAUAUUAAACAUUUCUUUGCUUUUAUACUAACCCUGAUCAGAUGUGGAAUAAGUAGUUUCUUAGUAAAGACCUGACUCAAACCGGUGAAGAAGUGCCAACCCAAAAACAAGUUUAGCUAACGUAACAGAUUGGAGCCUGUAAUCUGCCAAAAGAGUCUAUGCAAGAAUUUUGUGUUGUACGUUAAAAACUCCUUUAUUUUGAGGUUUUACCAAUUUAGAUUUUCUUAACUUGUAAUAAAAAUACAGCUUUUGAAUUAACCUGAUAUGCCAGAUAGAUUGUUUCAUAUAUCCAUUGCAUGGAUAUAGUAUAUCUCACAUUCAUCUGGGAAACCUCCAGUGCAAAGCACUUGAGAAGGGCAAGACUUUUCAAAAAGAUUCUGGAUCAGGCUGCCUGGCAGUGCCACUUUUCAACAUAUUUUCUCCCCCAUUAGGUUGUAAUUCUAAAAUCAUAGACAUAUAAGGUACACUAUAAAGUAAAUAAACUUUGCUUGUUUGAUAAGAAUCCUCAUUAAAGACAAAAAGUGACCAGCCAAAGUGGGCAGUACAACUCUCUGAAAGUUGGGUGUAGGUCAGAACUUGCAAUGGCGUGCAAAUGACAGCCAUUAUUGCUCUCAUUUUUUUCUAUGAACAAAACCACACCGGUGGUGGCCAGAUGUGGAUGUGCUACAGCACUUUAUGCCACUGCUCUAUUCCUGGCGUGGCUGGUGGAGUGUUUUCCCGAGAACAGCUGUUUCGUCCAUCUCGGCAGCAGUAGUAGCAGCUCUGUCUUGGCUGCUGCUGAAAUACAGCUGCUGUUGUCAUUUUUUUCACACACUCAGUGAGGCAGGGAGGCUAGCCCCAAGCGGACUCCCAGCUUGGAUAUCAAGCACCUAAACCGCAGUGGCUGGAAGGGAGUUUGACCGUUGACGUGCUGCUGGCUGGCAGUAACUGAGGAGCGUCAUAUGAUAUGAUGUGCCGUCCUGCGUUGCAGGCUGACGGCUCAAAAACUGUACUGUUAGUUAGCAGGAGUGCAAUCACCACAUGGUGAAAACAGAGUGUUAGAAACAGCUACACAGCUGCACAGAAACUGCAUGUGAACCUUUGGACUGAGUUACAUACUGGUGUGACUUCUACUAUAGAUUGUGCAGUAAUUCUGGUUUUGGAGCAGUUCACUUAUUAGUGUACUGAAUGGCAACUAUUGCUGCAUAUUAGGCUUUAUUGGAGGAGGAUCUAAUCUGCUAUUUGUCAGAUUGUAUUACUCAAAAAAUGUAUGUAUGUAUGUAAAAAAAUAAACUGAAUAUUUUGCAUAUUUUAUCUCUCCUUAUAUACUUUGUAGAGAUUUUAAAUGUAUUGUUUCCACAGCAUUAUACCACUUAUUACUGAACUACUGAUGUGUGAUUUAAGCUGUUGAGUUAUUGUUCAACCUGUUUAAUACUGGGCCUGUUAUUGAGGCUUUUUAUGAGCUGUGACAUAUUUGCCUUGAAUGAUCUCAUUCUGACACUAAACCUUUGCUUAUACAACAGAAGGAAGAGGUUUCUCUUUGCAUUAAUAAAUGAACUGAUAAUUG